CAUUCCUUAGCACUGUCCGUGUUCUUUUUCUAGUUUGGGGCUGCAAGAGGGAGUGGUAGGCAGGGAAAUGGGAGGAGCCAUGACCUCCUUCCCGUCUUGAGAACACAGGGCAGCACUCCUUUUAGUUUGUUGCCAGGACUUUGGGAGUUGGGGCCAGGGCUGCAAGAAGGAAAUGACUUAGAAGCCUUACAAAUACAUCUGUGCAUUCUUGCUUCAGACUUUACAAUUGAGGGCCAACCCAGUCUGGAAGCACCUCUUAUUAAUGUUAUACGGAAACUGCUACCUCAGCAAACAAAAGAAAAGAAGGAGAGGACUUAUAAUAAAUGCCAUUUAAAAAAAAAUAAAAACUUGCUUUCAGAAAAUAUUAAAGGAAAUUUUUCGCAUUGAGAAGACAUUUUACAGGUAAAUCGAUUUGGCAGGCAGGCUCUGUCAAAAUUCUGCAGAGAUUUGAUCUUACUGAGGACUUAGUGUGAAGUAAUUCUGUACUGCUUUUUAAAUUGCUGUUGAUCAGCUUGUGGGUUUUUGGGUUCUGACUUUUCUGGUAUAUUGAAGAUACAUUAUAUUACAUUUUUUUAAGUUAAGUUAUUUUUCUGCCAUUGUAAAUACAAGUAUCAAAAUAUUCUUGCAAAGCAAUUCUAGGUGAACAUUUUUCUCAGCAAGCAUAUCUUUUUAUUAAGAGAGUAGAAUGCUAACAUUUCUUAUAUAGCAUUUUGGACACACUUUUAUUUUUUGUCAAAGGUCCUGCCUACACUGAAAAUAUUAAUUAUAUAAACCUGUUGUCCUUUUCACAACUACAUUGGAUUACAUGGUCACCUGCCUCAUGGAAAUGCCUUUUUUAAAACUUAGAUUUGCAGAACUCCACUAUUUUUAUACCUAGCUACAGUUUUAGGGGGGAAAAAAAGGAAUCAGGACCCUGACCCUCUCACGGUCCCUGGGACAGUUCCCCUUCCCGCAUGUAUUGCUGCAGUGCCCAGGACAGUAAAAUGGACUACAAGCGGCGCUUCCUGCUUGGCGGGUCCAAGCAGAAGGUGCAGCAGCACCAGCAGUACCCAAUGCCUGAGCUUGGCCGAGCACUGAGUGCUCCCCUGGCAUCUACGGCCACCACCGCCCCCCUGGGCAGUCUGACUGCUGCAGGCAGCUGCCACCAUGCCAUGCCCCACUCCACACCCAUUGCUGACAUCCAGCAGGGCAUCUCCAAAUACCUGGACGCCCUCAACGUCUUCUGCCGUGCCAGUACUUUCCUCACAGAUCUCUUCAGCACUGUGUUCAGGAACUCUCACUAUUCCAAGGCAGCCAUGCAACUCAAAGAUGUGCAGGAGCACGUCAUGGAAGCAGCCAGUCGGCUGACUUCAGCCAUAAAGCCUGAGAUCGCCAAGAUGCUGAUGGAACUUAGUGCCGGGGCUGCAAACUUUACAGAUCAGAAGGAAUUCAGUCUCCAGGACAUUGAGGUGUUGGGGCGAUGCUUCUUGACAGUGGUGCAGGUCCAUUUCCAGUUUUUGACCCAGGCGUUACAGAAGGUCCAGCCAGUGGCUCACUCUUGCUUUGCCGAGGUUGUUGUGCCAGAAAAAAAGAACAGCAGCAGUGGCGGCAGCUUAUCUGGCAUGGGCCACACACCAGAACUGGAGGAUGCUGUGCGGUCCUGGCGGGGGGCUGCUGAGGCAACAUCUAGACUAAGAGAAAGAGGCUGUGAUGGCCGCCUGGCAGGAAUUGAAGUUCAACAGCUCUUCUGUUCUCAAAGUGCAGCAAUUCCUGAGCACCAGCUAAAAGAACUGAACAUAAAGAUUGACAGUGCUCUGCAAGCAUAUAAAAUAGCUCUGGAAAGCUUAGGUCACUGUGAAUAUGCAAUGAAAGCCGGUUUCCACCUGAAUCCAAAGGCAAUUGAAGCGAGUUUGCAGGGCUGCUGCAGCGAGGCAGAAGCACAGCAGACAGGGCGGAGGCAGACCCCGCCGCAGCCCAUGCAGUGUGAGCUUCCCACCGUCCCCGUGCAGAUAGGAUCGAACUUCCUGAAGGGUGUCUCCUUCAACGAGUCGGCCGCCGACAAUCUGAAACUUAAGACGCAUACAAUGUUACAGCUGAUCAAGGAGGCAGGCUGCUAUAAUGGAAUCACACCCAGGGACGAUUUUCCUGUGACUGAAGUCCUGAACCAGGUGUGCCCAUCCACGUGGCGGGGUGCCUGCAAGACCGCCGUGCAGCUGCUGUUUGGCCAAGCUGGACUGGUGGUGGUUGAUACGGCGCAGAUUGAAAAUAAAGAAGCCUAUGCCCCACAAAUCAGUUUAGAAGGCUCCAGAAUUGUGGUUCAAGUCCCAUCCACAUGGUGCCUGAAAGAAGACCCCGCUACCAUGUCCCUGCUGCAGAGAAGCCUCGAUCCCGAGAAGACCCUGGGUCUGGUGGAUGUGCUCUACACGGCUGUGCUGGACCUCACCCGCUGGAGGGCAGGAAGGGAACAAGCUUUACCCUGCAUACAAAUCCAGCUUCAAAGGGAGAUCUGUGAUUUUGGAAAUCAGGCUGACUUGCCUUCUGGGAAUGGAAACAAAUCUUCAGGUGGCCUACAGAAGACCUUCUCCAAACUGACAUCCCGGUUCACCAAGAAAGCUUCAUGUACCAGCUCUAGCAGCAGCACAAAUUAUUCCAUUCCAAAUACCCCUUCCAAAAAUAUCUUCAUAGCUGGGUGUUCAGAAGAGAAGGCCAAAAUGCCCAGUAAUACUGAUUCAAGAUUACAAAGCAUUUUGAACAUUGGUAAUUUCCCUAGGACUGCAGACCCUUCACAGUCAGCUCAGAAUUCCAGUAAUCAGAUGGCCAAUGGUUUUCUCAUGGAGAGGCAUGACAGCUUCGUGCAAGGGGAUGAUGGCAAGGACGAGAAGGGUAUGAACUUACCAACCGAUCAGGAAAUGCAGGAGGUGAUAGAUUUUCUUUCGGGCUUUAACAUGGGCCAGUCACAUCAGGGCUCCCCACUGGUGACAAGGCGUAAUUCUGCUGCCAUAGCCAUGGUGACUGAGCAGAAGGCAGGAGCUAUGCAGCCACAGCAGCCGUCACUGCCAGUGCCCCCUCCGCCGCGGCCUCCCCAGACUAGGGCACACACACCUCUGACACCCCAGCCGGGCCUGGCACCUCAGCAGCAGUCCCCAAAGCAACAACAACCCCAGGUCCAGUACUACCAACACCUGCUCCAACCCGCUGGACCGCAGCAGCCCCUGCCCCAGCAUCGGGCUCCUGGGAAAUGGGUACACGGCUCAUCCCAGCAGCCAACACAACCCAUUGGAGCCGGUCUGUCUCCCCUUGGCCAGUGGCCUGGCAUAUCUGAUCUCAGUUCUGACUUGUACAGCUUGGGUCUGGUGAGCAGUUAUAUGGAUAAUAUGAUGUCGGAGGUUUUGGGACAGAAGCCACAGGGACCUAGAAAUAACACCUGGCCAAACCGUGACCAAAGCGAUGGAGUCUUUGGGAUGUUGGGAGAGAUUCUGCCUUUUGAUCCUGCAGUGGGUUCAGACCCCGAGUUUGCACGCUAUGUGGCAGGAGUGAGCCAAGCAAUGCAGCAGAAGCGGCAAGUCCAACACGGUCGCCGCCCUGGCAACCCCCGGGGCCAUUGGCCACCCAUGGAUGAUGCCCAUCGGACCUGGCCUUUCCCAGAGUUCUUUGCAGAAGGGGAUGGCCUGCACAGCGGCUGGUCGGGUGCUCAGGGAGAUUCGGCCAGCUCGAGUGACGAGACGUCCUCCGCCAAUGGGGACAGCUUGUUCUCCAUGUUUUCAGGGCCUGACCUCGUUGCUGCUGUCAAGCAGAGAAGGAAGCACAGCAGUGGAGAGCAGGAGACCAGCACGCUGCCCUCACCGCCUCUUCUUACCACAGUGGAGGACGUGAACCAGGAUAACAAAACCAAAACGUGGCCACCCAAAGCCCCCUGGCAACACCCUUCCCCGCUGCCCAGCACCGUGCCUGGCCCAAGUGCACCACUCUAUGCAGUUGCCAGCCCUGGCAGCCAGUGGAAUGACACCAUGCAGAUGCUGCAGUCCCCAGUGUGGGCCGCCACCAGCGACUGCAGCACCGCCUCCUUCACCUACGUGCAGACCCCGCCGCAGCCCGCACCCCCACCGGCACACAAGGCAGCGCCCAAGGGCUUCAAGGCCUUCCCCGGGAAGGCUGAGCGCAGGCCAGCCUACUUGCCCCAGUACUGACCCAGGACCAGCCUGCCUGCCUGCUCAGAGCUGUUGGGGCCAGUGUCCCCACCACAGGGCUAACUAGCUGGCACCAGCCCCCCAGAGGACCAGUGCACCCCUGUCCCAGGCAGGGAUCCUUGGGGAUGGGGGUGGUUGGCAACUCCAAGCCUUUAAGGCCUGGCUUCUCAAAACUUUGGAGGCAUCAGACGCCUGGAGGGCCAGCUGAAGAUGGAGUUUUCUGACCCUCCUCAGGGAGAUGCUGGGGGAUCUUCGAGUUUAAUAAGCACCUCUGGUGAUUCUGAUGCACGUGGGCCACAGGCCACACUUUGAGAAACACAGCUCUCUUAAGUUUGUAGUCCCACUGUGUGUGUUGGGAAGGCCUCAGGCCUGAAGGCUGAGAGCAAAACUGACCAUUCUUCUGAAACCCUCCCCUUCCCCCUCCUUAACACACUGAGUGAUGACUGACCACACACACCAAUCACUGUAUUUUAUAGCUAUUUUUCAUAUAGGUUUUUAGUUAAAACAUCUCCUGCCUAAAAUGCAUUGAAUAUUUUAAGAUAACAAAUAGAGUGGCUGGAGGUUUGUUCAACACUAUCUUUAUUUAAGCUUAUACGAACUGGGCAAAGUAUAGAAUAUUUGUGAUCAGAAGCAAUCACCUGGGUUUUCUGUAGGUGGACAGCCCCUUGCCACCCCACAGCAGCACCCAGGGGGUACAGCCUCUGCCAUAUUUACAAAAGCAGGAUCAUAAAUCAUGUCGGAGACAUAGCCCUUAUGGUGCGUGGAGAUGAGCCAGCUGGUUGCUGUCCGCGUGCAGGGUGAAGCUACACCUUCAGCCCUCAGGUCCUUCCACACGUGGCCAGAGGCUUUGACACAGUCUCAAACGUGGAGGUGUGGUCAGGGGCUGCAGAGAGACACUUGAAAUUGCAGUAACAUUGUGAGCUGGCUCAAGACAAACCAAUUAGGAUGUUGAUAGGAAUUAAUUUAAAAGUUUUUUCUUUAAAAAAAAAAACAAA